AUGCCGACAUUAUUUGAUAUAGUUGAUGCUGCUAAUCGUCGUUUUGAAGAACUUUUUAAUAGUAAUAAACUUAAUGAAUUAGUUGAACUUUAUACAUCUAAUGGUAAAAUUUUACCACCGGAUAAAAAUAAAUAUGAAAGACAAGCAGGAAAUGAUCGAUUAGUUGAAACAAGUUCAUAUGAACAUUCUUUAGAUAAAGGAAAUUAUUAA